GGAAGCUAGCACAGUAUAUAAGGAUCGACUCAGGCACUUCGUUGGCACUCAGUACCUCCUCACUACCAGCACCACCACCGCCUCCUCCUCCUUCUCCUCCUCCAGCAGCGUCGCCUUCUGCAGUUGAUUAUACCUCCCGUUAACAUGAACUCCCUCGUCGCCAUCCUCGGCCUCGCCCUCCUCGUCGCCUCGUGCAACGCUGGUGGCUUCCGCGGUGGGCACUUCAUCGGCGGCUUCGAUUCCCAUGAAGUGAUUGGGGGUGGUUUCGUCAGUGGCGGCUACGGCGGCGGCUUCCACAGAGGCGGCGGCGGCUUCCACAGGGGCGGUGGUUACGGCGGAGCGUCUAUCGUGCCAGCUAUCGGCGGCCUCGUGCACUCCUCCACCCACGGCGGCGGAUAUGGCAGCUUCGGCGGGCACUCCAUCGAGCACGGCAUCUCCUUCGGCGGGCACCGUGGUGGGUACGGCCGCCCAUCCUACGGCAGCUCAUCCUACCGUCGCCCAUCCUACGGGCGCUGGUAGGAUUGAGCGGUGCCCAGACACGCCCCUCUCUUCGCCGUGGUGGCCUUGGUAGUCACUCCUUCACUGAAUGCUAGACCUUUGUGUCUCUUAUUUAAAAGUCUAAAGUCUUCAUCUCUUGGUCGUCUUGAAUAAAAAUAGUUUCGAUCCUA